GGGGUGUGGGUUUGUGUGUGUGCUUGUGUUUUUAAAGACAAGAGGAGUGUGUUUGUGCUCUUGCAGAGCAGAGGACCGAUAACUCUUCAGGAUGCAUCAGCUGCUAGUGGUGACCUUAGUGCUGGUGGCACUCUGCUGUCUAGGGCAUGUUGAUUCUUCAGCUUAUGACAAGAUAGUGACCCAUAGCCGCAUACGGGCCAGGAAAGAAGGGCCCAAUGUGUGUGCUCUGCAGCAGGUCCUAGGGAGUAACAAGAAAUACUUCAGCACAUGUAGGAACUGGUACAAAGGCUCCAUCUGUGGCAAGAAAACCAUGGUUGUAUAUGAGUGCUGUCCUGGGUACAUGAAGCUGGAGGGCAUGAAAGGAUGUCCUGCAGUGGCUCCUAUUGACCAUGUAUAUGGCACACUGGGGCUUGUAAAGGCUACGACCACACAGCACUACUCUGAUAUGUCAAAGCUGAGAGAGGAAAUUGAAGGCAAAGGCUCCUACACCAUGUUUGCACCUAGCAAUGAUGCCUGGAAUCAGCUGGACCCUGCUGUAAGGAAUGCGCUGGAGAGCAAUGUGAACAUCGAGCUUUACAAUGCUCUUCACUUCCACAUGGUGAACCACCGUCUUCUGACCAAAGACAUGAAGAAUGGCAUGACAGCCACUUCCAUGUACAAUGACCUGGGGCUCUACAUUAACCACUACUCAAAUGGGAUUGUGACAGUGAAUUGUGCCAGGAUCAUCCACGGUAACCAGGUGGCCACAAAUGGGGUGGUGCAUGUCAUUGACCGGGUCAUCAGUGCUGUUGCCACCACCAUCAAGAAUGUUCUAGAUGCCAGAGAUGAGCUCUCCCAAUUCAAUACUGCAGUAUUGGCAUCUGGUUUGAUGGACAAGCUGGACGAGCCUGGCCAGUAUACUCUGUUUGCUCCCACUAAUGAAGCCUUUGACAGACUGGGCCAAGGCUACCUGGAGCAAAUCUUGGAAGACAAGGAUGUUAUUGGAGCCCUUGUGAAGUACCACUUGUUGAACAGUGUCCAGUGUUCAGAAGCAAUCAUGGCAGGGUCAGUGUAUGAGACCGCAGAGGGCAGCACCAUAGAGAUAGGCUGUGAUGGAGACACUCUGACAGUCAAAGGCAUCAAGAUGGUGCUGAAGAAGGAUAUUGUUACCACCAAUGGUGUCAUCCACCUCAUCGACCAGGUUCUCAUCCCUGACUCAGCCAAGGAAGUUAUGGAGCUGGUGGGAAAUGGCCAGAGCACUUUCAACGACAUGAUAUCUGAAUUGGGCUUAGCGGCUGCCCUGGGUCCAAAGACAGAGUACACACUACUUGCUCCUGUCAACGCUGCCUUCAAUAAUGAGGUGAUGUCAAAAGACCAGAGCCUGCUGAGACUCAUUUUAGAGAACCACAUCUUGAAGCUGAAAAUAACGCUGAGUGAGCUCUACAAUGGACAGCAGCUGGAAACACUGGCUGGCAAACUGCUCAGAGUCUUCAUUUACCGCAAUGCUGCAUGCAUAGAAAAUGCAUGUAUGGUGCGCGGCAGUAAGGAGGGACGUAACGGGGCCUUCCAUGUUAUGAGAUCCUUCAUCAAACCACCCGAGAAAACAAUCUACGAGCUCCUGAUUGCUGAGAAACGCUUCAAGAUUUUCCUGUCUUUGAUGGAGACUGCAGGUCUGACUGAUCUGCUGAAGCAGGAGGGCUCCUACACAAUCUUUGCCCCAACAGAUGAUGCCUUCAGUGGCCUUAGUAAAGAGGAUUUGAUUCUGCUCAAAAGUGAUCUGAAUGCUUUGAGGACCAUUCUACUGUACCACAUCAGUAACGGUGUCUUCAUCAACGGAGGACUAGAAGGAGGAGUUACCAAUUUAUUAAAGACACUCCAGGGCAACAACCUGCAAGUUUUGUCUGUAAACAACUCUAUUCAUGUCAACUCUGUGGAUGUGCCAGACAGUGACCUGAUGGCAAAAAAUGGCGUGAUCCAUGUGGUGAAGAAUGUUCUCUAUCCUGGGGACCUUCCUGUGGGUAGUCAGGACCUCCUGUUCAUCCUGCAGAAGCUGAUUAAGUACAUUCAGAUAAAGUUUGUUUCUGGAUUUACUUACACCGAGAUCCCACUCACCUUCAUCAAGAGGACCAUCACAACUACACAUUAUUUUGAAACAGUCCCUGAUCUAACAAAGGUGAUCAAAGUCAUUGAAGAAGAACCAUCCGUCACCAAGGUUACCAGGGUCAUCAAAACAGAACCAAUAAUCACUGAGGUGGUUGUCGAGGGGGAGCCGGUGAUCACCGAGGUAACCAGAGUCAUCAAGGGAGAUGCUUCAGUCACCAAAGUAACCAGGGUCAUCGAGGGAGAUGCUUCAGUCACCAAAGUAACCAGGGUCAUCGAGGGAGAUGCUUCAGUCCCCAAGGUAACCAGGGUCAUCGAGGGAGUUAUUGAAGGCCAGCCUUCCAUAACCAAAGUUACAAGACUUAUUGAGGGUGGAGAUGAACAGAAGAUUUCAGGUGGAGCCAGAUUCACCACGGCGAACGAGCCUCAUAUCAUUGAGGGCCCAGACUUCUCAAAGAUCACCACCAUCCACGGCAACCCAAACUUGAUCGAUGAGGAAUCACAGAGAAUUACCAAAAUCAUUCAAGAGGGAGGUAAAUUUGCUGCUGCCAGGAAAGGUCCAGCUGGAAUAAGGAAGAGGCCAAGGCAUGUCAGGCGUCACUUCGUCAAGCCGAAGCAGUGAAUCCAACAGAGAGAAACCUCCUUUGGGCUCACCGCAGAGACUGAAUGCUUCUCCAGUGCUCCUGGUCGAGUGCUGGACGAUUGAACAAACUGUGCACCAAUAGGGUUCAAAUGUAACUUUUUUUUGUCCAAACCAGCAAGAAAAAAGAUUGUUUACUAUUCCAUCUGGAAAUGUAUGUGAUAGGCAUGAUGUGUAAUAGCAUGAUGUGACCAUGAAAUUAGACUACCCUUCAUGUAAGUAAUGUAAGUAAGCAAGGGAAAUAUGAAUAUUUGAUGCGGGAUAGAUGGGGUAAAAGGUGAGGUUAUAUUCUACCACUGACAUUUUUUUAAUGGUUUGCUUUUUUUUAAUUAUGUGACUUUGUAAACAGAUGGCUUGGGAAGAUUUUUGUAUGCUUUUUAUGGUGCUCGCAUUCUGUACAACAGAUGCAUAUUAAUGAAUAUGAAAGAUAGAAGAAACAGUGUUUUGCUACCAUUAGAUGCUGUACUGUACCUCUGUAAAUUAUCACAUGGUAAUUAAAAAUACAAUGAA